GGUUUCUGCUCUGUGGUCGAUUGCUUCUGGCUUUGGUGUCACUUGUAUUUAGUCCGACUUGACAAACUAUACAAUUACACCUACAAGUAGCACAGCUUAGUCUUAUCAAUUAGGUGCCACAAGGUGACUCGAUGGCUUGCGAAGAAGCCGUGUUAACAGUGCGUCUGGUGCGUUCUUUUGAACACCGGAAUUUCAAACCUGUUGUUUUCCAAAACGUGUCUCUGGACCAGACUGUGAAGGCGUUCAUUGCCUUCGUAAGAAAUGACAUUACUACUAGGCCAGGACUUCCUCCCCCAUUUAAGAAGCAUGCAUAUGACACAAUGAAGAUCAUUCACCAGGCACAUGGAGCAAAGACAAAUGAAUUAGUAAUGAGUUUGGAAGAUGAUGAUAAACUUCUAUUGAGAGAAGAUACCACUUUGAAAGCAGCGGGAGUAGCAAAUGAAACAGAACUAGCUUUCUUCUGGAAGGAAGAUUACGAAAGAUACAAAGCAAACCCCAUAACUAUGUGGUGAAAGGGACGUACAUGCACAACGGUUUUCAAUUUUCUUUUAAUAUUUAAGCUAGAUUGAUUCCCUUUCAGUCUGAUAAGAAACUACUGUAUUCAAACUAAGGAACACAAGUUGUACCUGGCAUUGGUUAACAGCUAUUUUGUUUAAUUGCAUGAAAUGAUUUAGCCAUGUGGUUUUGACCUGUGGUUAUAACAUGCAUACAUGAAGACCACCUAUUUGUUGUUUAAGGGUAAGUUUUUCAUUUUAUGUGGCUUUGUAUUGCUUCAUGUUUCCAAACCAUGAUAUGCCAGUACUUCGGCUCACAUGUGUCUCAUUCAGGAUACUGGCCUGGAAUCACUUCUACAGCUGCCUUUAUUGUUGGGCUUGUACUCCUGUGUCUGCUGGCUGUUUGCAGCAUUUUUUUUUUUUUUUUUUUUUUGCAUGGAGAAGUGCUACAGCUGCAUGUCAAUGUGAAGGUCUGCAAAACACCACUGCAUCACAGCUUGCUUUUGAAGAGGUUUGAUAGAACAAAAGUGCAGUGUCUCUAAGUAAUCUUUAAUUUGAUAUCAUUUUCUCAAUACGUUUCUUGCAUGUUUUACUUUAAUUCUUCUGUGCACUUUUGUUAUUUUCAGAGUCAACACCUUGUUGACAAGCCAGUUUGUUUAAGCCCAAGUUUUACUUUUUGGGACACAAGCUUUCUCUCCUAAUGAACCCCGAUUGCCACUAUAUCCCCCCCCUGUGAGCCAGAACUAUUAAAUAACAAAAUAUUACUACAAAACACUCGUAGAAACUUACUGGAAGCAUUUAGGCUUUAUUGGUAUAAUCUUUUUUUUUAAUUGCCAACUUGUAUACUGAAAGAUGAUUGUCUACAUUAAUACAGUUUGUAAUUCAUAUUCCAAAACAACAUAAAAAAAAACCUUAAUACCGCCAGACUUGUAACAAAGUUCUCUACUUUCUACAAAGUUAGGUAUUCUUGAUUUGAUCGGUGUGGAUGUUCUUUAGAUUAUUGCUGGCAAAUGCAUUUAUACGUGCAAGAUAAAAAUCAAAGAAGAAUGCCACACCUUUUCUGUGAACAAUGUAUGUAUAUAAAAAUAAAAAAGCAAACUGUUUGUAGCUGAAAUGUCAUGGUCAAUAAUGUACACUGUAGCUUGACGUUAAAGCUUAGUCUGAUUUGUAUAAUGAAACAACUAUGAGUUAUAACACAAAUUGAAGUAAUUUAAAGUCUGUACACUGACUUUGGAAAAUCUAUUGUGAUUCUUUGAACUGCAUUUUCACCUGAACUGGUUCAAUGAGGAAGAAGGCUUGCUUUGUUUACUACCUUUGUAAGGGAUUAGCAAUAUUCUGU